AUGUAUUGGGCCAUUGGGCCCGUGACGAUUGUGUUGAGAUAUUUUGCGUUGGGCCAGAUUCGGGGGAUUAUCCCGGCCCAAUCCUUGUUGGCACACUCGCAGGCAAUGGAGUCUGCCAGUGCAGGGUCGGGCCAUGCGAUCCGUGACAUGCAAUCGCGGAUCGCCGGAUCGGUCACCUUCAGGUCGAGCGACCCGUUGUUGCCAGUUGUGCUCGAGAAACUUGAUUGCGCGGACGAGUCCGUAUGCAAAGAGAUUACCGACCCAGAGAACUUGUUCGUGUGCGUAGAGGCUGCACAACAUUUGCGCAUACAUGCUCUGGAGCGAAUCAGAGCAGACAACGACUUCAGUUGGGCUCGUGAAAGCAUUUUCGAUUCGUUUCUUGUGUUCUUCGCUCUUGUGGAUGUAAGUGAGCGCCGUUUGUACAGUGAUUCCGCCUUGAGUUUUCGACUCGGCUCUCGUGAACAUGAAGUUGAGCCCUUUGCCUUUGUCCAGCCCUUCGAAAUGCCUAGUUAUUUCGAUUUUCAUGUCGUCAUCGGUAUCUUUGAUUUGAAUGCCUCGCGAUCGGUGGAUCCAUUGAGGCCGAAGCCCGUGAGAUAUUCGGUGCCGGCAUUUUGGGCCAGGAUUUGGGCCAACACUUGCUCUUGA